AUGCCUGAUUGGCAGUUUACUGAUAAUUAUUCAAAUAAUGAUCCUGGUAGAAUUUGGAUUGGGUGGAACCCCGUGGAAGUCUCAGUUUCUACUCUUUAUGCUUCUGACCAGGUGAUUUUUGUUCAAAUUGUAACUAGUAGAGGGUUUCAGUUUGCGGUGGGGUUUGGUUAUGUGGAUGGGUCUUUGACUCCAAAUAAUUACCUUGAUUUCUGGAAUUGUACUCAAGAUAGUUUUCUUUUUGAUCUUGCUUACUCUGGAUGCUUCUAUACUUGGACAAAUGGUCACACUGAUGAGAGAAAGAUCUUAUCUAAGCUAGACAGAGCUAUUGUUAAUAUGGAGUGGGUGACUAGGUUUUCUGAUUCUAAAGUUGUUUUCCUGGAAGAUGGAAUUUCUGAUCAUUCCCCUAUGGUGGUUUCUAUUUUUGAAGAUAGAGUUCAUGGUCCUCCCCCCUUUAUAUUCUACAAUUUUAUGAUUGAGGAGCCUGACUUUCUGGAAAUGAUUAGAACUAUUUGGAAAGAACCUUGGAAGAGAGAGAGAUUCAGAAGUAUUCCUGCCCAAGUGGAACAUGCUAAAUCUGUGUUAUACACCAUACAACAACAUAUUCAACAACAUCCUUUAUAUGUGGAGUCAGCUCAGCAGGAGAAUGUCGCCAUUAAACAUUAUGCUAAAGUUACUAGGUAUGAGGAAUAUGUAGCUAAGCAAAAAUCUAGAGUCAAAUGGAUUGAUCUGGGAGACUCAAAUGCCAUAUUUUUUCAUAAUUGUAUGAAGGAGAGACAUUCUAGGAAUAAUAUUCUCACUUUGAUGUCUAGAGAGAAUGUGUUUCAUCAGGAGGAUAAGGAGAUAGCUGAGGAAUGUAUUGACUUUUACUCCUCCUUAUUUGAUGAUUCUGACAGUUAUUUUGUGGAUGACUCUGAACUUCUUGAUUUUUUAAAUUUUGAUAAUUUGUUGAGUGAUGAGCGUAGGUGUAACCUGAUUAGACCUGUUAUUAGAGAUGAAGUGGUGGUUGCCUUAUCUACUAUUGGUUCUAAUAAAGCCCCUGGACCUGAUGACUUCUCUAGCUGGUUUUUUAAGACUUGCUGGAGUAUUUUGGGAGAUGAUUUUACUGCUGAUGUUCAGAAUUUCUUCAAACACUCUAAGCUCCUUAAAGAGAGAAACGUCUUCUUCUACCCAUCUGACAAUGUCAGGAGGAUAAUUUAA